UCGCGGCGCCGCGCAACCGCCGACGCAGAUGCGGGCGGAGCGGAGCCGUCGCGGGUGAUCGUCGAAGUUACAGAAAAUACAUCAGUAAAUGUUGCCGCAGCAACAAGGUCAUCCGCAAAGAUCUCGGCAACAAACCGUUGUGCGGAAAGAUACUGCGGGAAGAUCCCGCUGCCACCGGCUCGCCCGCCGCCAAAACACCGGCUUUGCGACUGACCAAGGAACAACUGGCCAAGGAGACCCGAGACAUCGACGAGCUGAGAGAGCACUUUGUUCUGAUAGAGGCGGGAAGCUCUGUUCCGAUCAGUUGUUAGCUUUCAACGAGAAUAACGGUGAAGAGAAUGUUACCCUUCAGGCGGACGGCAACCUUCUCGCGAACUCUCUGCAGAUGGGACUCCUGCAGCCGUGAGACUACUGUU